AGCGGUGGUGGAGGGGGUGUGCCUUCAGGUUUCUUCCUAAUCCUGACUCAGGUCAAAGGAGAGCUGACAGCCCAGGAAAGGAACAAAUUUUCUAUUUUGUACAUACAUUGUUUUGUAUAUACUGUAUAUGAUGACUUCGGUGGGCAGUGAACGUACCCGGGGCACUCGGGACAAAACACAAAUUUCAGCCACACAGCCAACACAACCACAGAAACAAGUAGUACAGGCAACAGCAGAACAGAUUCGCCUUGCUCAGAUGAUCUAUGAUAAGAAUGAUGCAGACUUUGAAGAUAAAGUGAAACAACUUAUGGAAGUGACGGGGAAAAACCAGGAUGAGUGCAUAGUGGCACUACAUGACUGUAAUGGGGACGUGAACAGAGCAAUCAACAUACUGCUGGAAGGAAGUUCGGACACAACUUCUUGGGAGACUGUAGGGGGAAAGAAGAAAAGCCUUGGAAAGGAAAGUUCAGAAAACAAAGAGAACAGAGAAAAACGAGGGGACAGAGAAGUGAGUCGUGGACGGGGAAGUUCCAACAGACGGGGAAGAGGAGGCAGCCGUGGCCGAGAGUUUAGAGCUGAAGAGAAUGGAGUGGACAACAAUCAAGGGGACAGGCCUUCAGACCGCGGGAAACGUGGCCGUGGGAGAGGCUUUGGACGUGGCAGAGGGAGAGGAGCGGGGAGGUUUUCAGCCCAAGGCAUGGGGACAUUUAACCCUGCAGACUAUACGGAGUCUUCUGCCACUGAUGGCUUUGGGACAAAAUCUGAGAUUUGGGAGACUGGUCAGAAUGAUGCAGAUGAUGGAACUGGAGCAUGGAAAAAUUCCAUAGAAGAAUGGACAGCAGAAGACUGGAAUGAAGAUCUUUCUGAAACAAAGGUCUUUACUGCUUCCUCUGUUCCAGCUGAGAAUCAUGUCACUCCUGGGCAAAGCAUUGAUUUGGUAACACUGCUUCAAAAGCCUGUGACUUCCACCCAAGAAACAGAAGGCAACUCAUUUGAGGCUCCCCAGCAGCAGACCUUUGGCCAAGCCCUAGUCUUCACAAAUUCUCAGCAUAGCACGCAGAUGGCAUCAGGAACUGGCAGCUCCAGUGCUGUAAACUCCUUUUCUCCUCAGAGUCUGUCUGCAGUUCUCUGUUCUGGCUUUGGAGAACUUGGAUCCUCUAAACUGGCGAACUCUACUGGAUCCCAAAUCUUGGACCAGUUGAAAUCUCCAGGUUUGGGUCAGUUUACCUCUCAACAAAACAAUAGUAGCUCUACCACCACUACCACGACUACCACAUCAUCUUGGGAUCUAAAGCCCCCCAUUUCUCAGUCUUCAGUCCUUAGUCAGUUUGACUUCAAAUCCCAGCCUGAACCAUCUCCAGUUCUGAGCCAGCUGACUCAACGACAGCAGCAACAAACACAGGCAGUCCCUGUUCCUCCUCCUGGGUUGGAGUCCUUCUCCUCCCAGGUGAAGCUCCGAGAGCCGUCGCCAGUAGACGCCUCUACAGCUGUUAGCAAAAUGUUGCAGCUCCCCAGCAUAUCUAUGGAUAACCAGGCAGUGACUGCCCAUCAAACCCAGCAGAAACAGAUGAAACCACAAAAGCGGAGGAUAACUCCGGCAUCCAAGAUUCCUGCCUCUGCAGUGGAGAUGCCUGGAUCAGCUGAUGUGACGGGGUUAAAUGUUCAGUUUGGAGCUCUGGAGUUUGGGUCAGAGCCUGCACUCCCAGAGUUUGGAUCAACUUCAAGCAACGAGAAUACCAGCCAGACAACCAACAAUAGCUUGUACUCAAAAUCUGUAAAUGAUCCUUUGAAUACCUCUUUGACAAUAUCCAAUACAGUACAGGAGUCCACCUACACAACCUCUGCCAUCACCUCUUCCAGUCUGACCUGCUCAUCCCAGAGCACUAGCCCAGUAACAACAACGUCCUCCUAUGACCAGAGUUCUGUGCAUAGUAGAAUAGCGUACCAAAGCUCCAUGGCUCCAUCUGAAUCAACCCCUGUUGCAGUUACGAAUGGGCACAGUGGUGUUCGAACACAGCCAACUCUUGACACUACUUCAUCAGUUCCAGCGUCUAAGACAGAGCCCUCUCCCUCUCUACCUUCUGCUGGUUCACUGCCUAGCGUGGUGUCCACCACUGCUUCGCUUCUGCCUUCAGCAUCACAGCACUCAGCAGCGUUGCCCAGCUUGCCUCAGUCCAGUGAUUUGGCCAACAGCUCACUGUCCCAGUUAAGCAGCUCCCUUUCCAAUCAUCAGAGCAGCCUUUCCCCUGCCUCAGUGUUGUCUUCAAGCACAUCACAUGCACACACUAGUGUUGAGAACACAACUUCGCUCCAGCCCUCAACAACCUUUUCAACUGCUUCAACCUCAGCCACUAGCACCACCUCUUCGGUUGUCAGCAUGGCAAGCAAUAUGAACACUACAAACAGCCUUGGCCUGAGCGUUACCAGUGUGUCUAUACCAGCUGCUACUACACGGGCAGCUCCCUUAGUAUCUUCAGGCAAAGCUCCCCCAAACUUGCCCCAAGGUGUACCACCCUUGCUGCAUAACCAGUAUAUUGUGGGACCUGGAGGACUUCUGCCUGCCUACCCACAGAUUUAUGGUUAUGAUGAUCUCCAGAUGCUUCAAUCCAGGCUGCCAAUGGAUUACUAUGGAAUUACAUUCCCUGCUCCUGCAACCUUAACAGGCAGAGACGGGAGCCUUGCUAACAACCCAUACUCAGGUGAUGUAACAAAAUUUGGUCGUGGGGAUUCUGCCUCCCCUGCUCCUGCUACCACGCUAGCCCAGCCGCAGCAGAACCAGACGCAGACGCACCAUACAACUCAGCAGCCCUUCCUCAACCCUACCCUGCCCCCAGGGUACAGCUAUACUGGAUUACCUUACUAUGCUGGUGUGCCAGGUGUACCCAGUGCGUUCCAGUAUGGGCCAACCAUGUUUGUACCUCCAGCAUCCGCUAAGCAGCAUGGAGUCAAUCUGAACACUGCUUCGACUCCUUUCCAGCAAGCGAGUGGCUAUGGACAGCAUGGUUAUGGAGCAGGCUAUGAUGACUUAACGCAGGGAACGGCAGCUGGAGAUUACAGCAAAGGAGGCUACAGUGGGUCAUCUCAAGCACAAAACAAAUCUGCUGGCACUGGACCUGGGAAAGGUGUUUCUGUGACCUCAAGUAACACAGGUGUGCCUGAUAUCAGUGGCUCAGUCUAUAACAAGACUCAGACGUUUGACAAGCAGGGAUUCCACGCUGGCACACCACCUCCUUUCAGCCUGCCAUCUGCUCUCGGAUCUACUGGGCCCUUGAACCCUGGUGCUGCCCCAGGUUAUGCUCCAGCCCCUUUUCUCCAUAUCCUGCCUGCACAUCAGCAGCCUCAUUCCCAGAUGCUGCAUCACCAUCUUCAGCAAGAUGGGCAGGGUGGAUCUGGCCAGCGCAAUCAACCCAGCACCAUGCAGCAAAAGUCUCAGGCUACCAAAACCGCCUACGGCACUUCUCCAUACUGGACAAACUAAAUCCAAAACCAGGGAGGGGGAAGAGAAUGAAAGGAGGAGAGGGAAAAUAAAAAUUAAAAAAAGCCGAAGCCCAUUCCUGGAACUA